ACAAAAAUAUUUGUAACACCGAAAAGAAAAUAAACAUGGAGGCAGUACCACGAAUGCCGAUGAUAUCUUUCGAAUUAAAGCAUAGUCCCGAAUAUGUCGAGUUUGGACCAACACUGAAAAAGUAUAUUCAUGAUCACUAUGGAGAAGAUCCAGCACAUUACAACAAAAGCUGCACAGAACUGGAGUCACUCAGACAGAGUGCAGUGCAUAUAUCACAUGACUUCAUGGGCUGUAGUACACUCAAGAAGUACUAUGCCCAGCUGCAGUUUCUACAGGGGCGAUUUCCCAUGACAGAAGGAGGAGAGGCAUCCAUUCCCUUCACUUGGGAAGAAGUGCACUCUGGCCGGGAGUACUGUUUGAAUGACAUCAAGUUUGAACAAGCAUGUAUCCUGUACAACAUUGGAGCUCUACAUUCCAUACUGGGUGCCAUGGAUACCAGACAGAGUGCUGAUGGUAUGAAGGUCUCGUGCACCCACUUCCAGUGUGCCGCCUGGGCAUUUGAGCAUCUGCGGGACCACUUUGGUUCAGCAGCAAUGAGCCUCGACAUGGCACAUGAAAUACUGACAUACCAGGUCUUCUUCAUGCUUGCCCAAGCACAAGAAUGCAUUCUGGAGAAAUCAAUGACAGACAGCCGUAAGAGCACAAUUACAGCCAAAGUUGCGGCCCAGAUUGUGGACUUCUACAACACUGCGCUGAAACAUCUUGAGACAUGUAAUCAGCUUGAGCUGAUCAGCUCUAAACAAUACAAGGAAUGGAAGAAGAAAAUUGAUAUCAAGAUGCUGUUUUACACUUGUAUCACACAUUACUACAUGGGACGGCAAUCAGAGGAUCAGCAGAAAUGGGGACAGUGUCUGGCAUACUAUACUCUGGCGCUGGAAAAACUGACAGAAUGUGAAAAACUGGCCAAGAAUGAGUCCACAGACAUUCAAGAUUCAUUGAGAUUCACGCACGAUGUGGUCGGUGGCAAACACCAGUCAGCCAAGAAGGACAAUGAUUUCGUCUAUCAUGAGAAGGUCCCUGCCGCUGACACACUGCCAGAAGUUAAAGGGGCAUCGCUGGUGAAGGGUAUACCAUUCAACCCAAAUGACCCAGAAAUAUCGGGCCCAGACAUUUUCAACAAACUUGUGCCCAUGUCUGCACACGAAGCAGCCUCCUUAUACAGUGAAGAGAAGGCUACAUUACUGAGAAGAAUUGCAUCAGAGAUUGCUGAGAGGAAUGAUGAACUCAAUCAGUACCUGGCAUCCCUACAACUGGACCAGACAACCUUAAACCCGGAACCAGAGAGGCUACCUCAACAGUUGUUGGAGAAAUGUGCCGCACUUAGCGUCAGACCCACAGCUAUCAAGGAACUUGUGGAUUCAAUGACAGCGGUGUCCAGCGUGUCAACUGAUGUAGAAAUGGGAAUUAGGGACAUUCAAGAAACACUGCAAGAAGAAAGCACAGCUGAACUGGAAUUCCAGGAUAUGUUUGGCAAGAGAAACCCAAAUGCCAUUUUGUCCGAGAUAGCCCAGGAAUGUUCACGUCUUGAAGAAGGUCACAAGAAGGCCAGCCAGUCCAAUGUGAACCUCCACACGGCAAUGAACACCCACAUCAACAAUCUGAAACUGUUGGCAAGCCCACUGGAGGAAUUGCAGAAGUUGCUGCCUUCACUUGAUCAAGAAAGAGGACCAGAGAGUGGUGACAUUAUUAAACAACUGAACUUGCUGUUGUCAAAGAUUGAAGAGAUGAGGACCCAGCGCCAGUCACUGGAAGACGAACUACGGAAGUCAAUAUUGGAGGAUGAUAUUACAGGGGCACUUUGUAAACAGGAGGGGGUGAAUCGGGAGAAGUUGUUUUCGGAGCAACUGCAAAAGCAUGACAAGAACGUCUCUUUGAUCAAGCAGAAUCUUUCUGCCCAGGGCAACAUUUUACGAGCCUUGACUGAUGCAAAUGCCAAGUAUGCAACCGUCAGAAGGGCCACAAGUGACGCUUUGUCGAGAAGAGAACAGGUCAUUCGAGAUCUCAUCAACUCUUAUGACGUCUACGAAGACCUUAAAACCAAGAGCCAAAAGGGGCUUGACUUUUAUCGGAAACUGGAAACCAAUGUAGGUCGUCUUCUACAGCGUUGUAAGAAUGUGUGCCGAGUACAGCAUGACGAGAGGCAGAAAAUGUACGACAAGUACAAACCUAAAGCCCCUGCCCCAGUCAGACCACAAAUUCAGAAGCCAACAACAGUCCAGGGAAGCAAACCCAGUACCGGGGACAUGCCUGACAGUGUUUACUCCCUUGGCUCAACACAGCCACCGGUUUCUAGUUUGCCAGGUGACACAACUCUUCCACAUGUGGCGGCCAUGUUUGAUGGCCCAAAGUUAAAGGAUUAUCUGCCCUUUAUGAAGCCCAAGACCUUUGGUAAGAAGGAUGGUUCCCCACCAGUGACUGGUACCCAUCCUAGUGUACAGGGCUACCUGGCUUCCCAAAGUGGUUCCCUGCCACCAAGCGGAACUGCCUCCCCCAUACAUAUGCCUCAAUUGCCAGACAGCGUGCCAGCCAGCCCAGACCAUCAUAGAUUUGACAGAAGAUUAGGACCCACAGAUCCUAGGCAACCAGGUCCUGACCUUACCCAAGGUCAUUUGUACAGACCAGUCAGUCCUGCAGGUCAAGGUCAAAUGAGAGGUCAAGGAGGUCAAUCUGACUUUAUGCCAGAAAGGAGACAUUCUCCCUCCCCAGGGGCUGGAAGUUAUGGUGGUUCAGGCCCUCAAGGUCAGAUGCCACAAUAUCAAGGCCAAAUGCCGUCAAAUCUAGGUAAAAUGCCACCAAGUCAAGGCCGGAUGCCACAAAAUCAGGGACAUAUGCCACAAAAUCAAGGCCAGAUGCCACCAAAUUUGUCUGAUCAGUAUGUUCCACUAGAUCAGAAAUGGAAACGAGAAAAGCCAGUCCAACCUCAGCAGCAGUCAUUUCCAAUAGAUAAUCAAUAUGUUUCGAACAUGCAGCCAGGUCAAGGUCAAAAUGGAGUAAUGCCUCAACAACCAGGAAACCAAUCAGUUACUAGUUUGGCACAACAAAGAAUGAGACACUUGCAACCAAUGCAAGUACCCGGAAACAAUGCCACCCAAGGACAAAACAACCAGAACCAAUUUCUAGGAAGUGAGGGAAAUUUCAUGCCUCAAGGUCAUGCACAAGGUCAAAAUAUUCCUUAUUCUAGUCAGAGCUACCACACCAGUGCCCCUACAUCUGCUUAUAUGCCACAACAAGUUCCUCCACAAGCUCAGACUAUAACUCAGUUUUCUGGAGUUGAACAGCCUAUGGGAAGCAUUUCUGGGGGUCAUAUGACUUCUUUGCCAUCACAAAUGCCUCCACAGUCCAUGGCAUACACGAAUCAAAGGGAUGUAACUAACACUGUUUAUGCUGUUGGAGGGCCACUUACUUCCUCUGAUAGUAACUUUCGUCCUGGAAUGGCAGGACAAAACUACCAAAGUCAUCCAAGCCAGGGCAUGCAAGGUCAGAUUAAUCAACAAGCACUGCAUCAAGAUCAAGGGUAUUCUCAAGGUCAAUAUCAGCCUCCAAUGAGUGCACCCCAGACUUCAAUGUACCAAAUGCCACAGUCUCAAUAUCAGACUCCUUCUCUGGCUGGUUCAAAUCAGCCAGUUCAACCAAGUUCUCAGCCCCAGCACUCAGCUGUACACAGUUUUCCUUUCCAACAGCCAAAUCAGGCAUCUCAGUUCAGUCAAGGUCAAGGCUUUCAAACUCAGCAACAAGGUCAAGGACAACAACAGAAUGGUGGUCAGACAACAAAUCCGAUGGGAAGUCAAGUUCCAAGCCAAUAUGGACCUGCUGGCAGUAUUACUUCUAGUCAGCCCAGUGUAUAUGGACAAUCAAGCUACACUCCACAAGGUCAAGGGCAUUCACAGCAAGUGCCAUCACAUGGUCAGCAACAAACUUUUACAGGCCAACAACAAGGUCAAGGUUUCCCUCAACAGAACUUGACCUCACAACGCCAAACCCCAUCGCCUCACAUUCAUGGCCAAGUGUCACAAACUUCAGUGGCACAGCCUAGCCAGUAUGUGCCAAACAAUCAGCAAAUGCAACAACAACCACCAGCAAACCAAUUCCAGCAGCCUACUUCAUCCCAACAGUUCCUUUCUAGUCAAUACCAGCAGGUUAGACCUCAAGCACCACCGAAUCAGCAAGCCCAGUUUUCUUCACAAGGAGUUCCCUCUCAUGUCCAGUCUCAACAUCUACCUGAGCAGAGAUUUCCUUCCCCAGCCCCAACCCCAACACAUCAUGGUCAAGGUCAAGGCUAUAUGCCACCUGGACCCCAAGGUCAAAUGCAAGGUCCACAAAUGCAGAAUCUGCAAGGAAUGAAAGGGUACAUUCCACCAAAUUCACAACAGUCACAGUUUUCAGUUGCACAGUCUUCUAGGCCACAAGGGUAUAUUCAAGGUCAAGGUCAGGGACAGAUUGCAACAUCUCAGCAAAAUUAUGGCCAAGGUCAAUUUUCGCAAAGUCAAAUAAAUCAACCACAGAGACCACCAGCUCCAAAUUACUCAGAGACAAAUAUCAACAGAGCGAUGAGCCAGCAAAUAGGCCAUGGUCAAAUCAGACCGAUGGGUCAAAGCCCUGUACCACAGCCUGUUCAAGGACAGUUACCUGGUAUAAACCAAACUCAAGCUCCUGGUGUCCAGCAAAUUCAGCCUACUUCACAAACCCCGAUUCCAGGACAGCAACAAACCUUCCAAGGUCAAAGUUAUCAGCAGAGUGUUGGAGGAGGUCCUCAAAUAAGACCCCAAAUGCCAGCAAGCCAAUUCCAACAGAUUGCUCAUCCAACACAACAGCCACAGAUGAGUUAUCAGCAACCUGGGGUAAGACCUCCGGCAUCCCAAGGUCAAGGCUAUCAACCUUCAGUUCCUCAAGGUCAAACACUUCAUAAUCAACCAGUUCAAAGGCACCCAACUCCAAAUGUCAUGAAUCUCAAUCAGCCAGUUCUGCAACCCCAAAUUGUCAGAACUUUAACUCCAAGUGAAGGACCAAGUCCAGCAACACCAGUUCAAGGCCAAGGUCAGAUACCUCAAGUUCAAGGUCAAGUACCACAACAAUUACCAAGUAGCCAAGCAGUAGGUCCCUCCAGGAGUGCACUACCCAUUCAACCCCAAGGUCAAAUGAAACAGAAUUAUCAGCCAGAAUCACAAGGGAAUUUCCCCCAAGGUCAAGGUCCUACCAUGGUGACACAGUCAUCACUACCACCAAGGGGAGUUUCUCCUGUGGAAAUGAAACCUGCACCACCAGCACAGCCAUACCAGCCACCAAAACCGCCCUCCACCCCCGUACGAACGAUCCCUACAAACAGACAACUGUCCACCGCCUCCUCCCUGGAUGAGAUCCUUUCCUCCAGCCCCGAUGCUAGACCUGAUAACAGGGACAGUCUCUUAGCUCCAAAGGUAAUGACUGCCCAAGACCUUCAACAGCAGAAAGAGGAUCAGAUGAAGGCCUCUCACAUGCCGGUUCAGCCUCAUGAUCCAUACAAGGAGAGAUCUAAACGGGACAAGUUUGUAGAUGAAGUGGAAAAGCUUGCCAAGUUUAUAGAUUGUCUUGAGAAGCCUUCAUGCAGUGGGCCAACACCUUUAGAUACCAUUUGGAAGGAGCUAAUGGAAGAACAAGAGAAAGCCAGCAGGCACCAGAAGCUGGCCAUAGCCCGGUGUUACCCCAUGAAGAACAGGGACCAGGAUAUCAUGCCUUAUGAUAAUACCAGAAUCCUCCUGACAACAUUGCAGGAUGAUUAUGUCAACGCCAGCUGGGUCAAUGACCUUUCACCAACUUGCCCAAAGUUCAUCGCAACACAAGCCCCUCUACCUGUGACCUUGACAGAUUUCUGGCUGAUGGUGUGUGAGCAAGGCGUUGAAGUUCUCGUGGCAUUGUCUUCAGACAUUGAGACAGGGAAGAAAUUCCCGGUUUAUUUCCCGGAUGAAAAAGGGGAAACUAUGGAACACGGGCCUGUUCAACUGACAGUGCAAAGUGUGAAGAAAAAGCCAUUUUGGACAGAACGGAUAUUGUACCUUAAGCAUCAUGAGACAAACACUGGAAGAACCCUGGUUCAUCUACACUACAAUGCCUGGCCUGUCAGUGGCUUCCCAGACAAAGUUUCCCACCUUCUCCAGUUCAUCACAGAGGUGCACAGCUUCUACAGACAACAGAGAAGUCUCAUGAAACCCAUUGUGAUCCACUGUAGCAAUGGUGUCGGUCGCACAGGAAUGUUCCAACUGAUUUACGUGGGCAUGCAGGAGAUUAACCAUGGUCACGGCAUUGUAAAUAUCCCAGAAGUGGCGGGAAAACUACUCUGGAAGCGACGCAAUCUUCUACUUAAACAGGACCAGCUGAAGUUCUGCUACACAGCCAUUCUGUACUAUGCACAGGAUGUGUUGGCUAAAGAGGGCAUCUUGGUUCACAAGGCAUCAUUUGGUGAUCAACUACCAAAGCCAGGAGUCAAACCACAAGGCUGGGAACCUGGAGAGGAUAUCUUGUUUGGUUCCCUCAGUUUUACCAAUCUACAGUCCAAUGUUGCCAAACUGAGUACCAGAAAACCUGUUCAAACCGGUUCAGAGAUAAAAUUGACCAAUCAGAGUGGUCUACUGGAGAAAAAUCAGGAGAGAAACACUUUGGAUGAGAAGCUUGCUGCUCUAAAGCUUGGGACCGAUGAAAAUGAGGAAAUUCAGCAGAUUACUGGAGGUUUUUCUGAAUCAGUUGAACUGAUGAACACAGGAAAUCAGUUGACAUCAAGUUUGCCAGAUGUUGUUCAAAAUCCUGGCUUAACUCUUGAGAGAAAGCAUGAUAUUGUGCUAGAACGACAUGAUCAAGCGCCAGAACAAAUUUCAUUGGAUACUGCCAAAGGUCAAGGUCAAAAAGGUGAUUUGUUAAGUGACCUUGACUCUCUGGUUGCAGAAAUGAAGGGGUCACGUACACCUUCCAUACACAGCAUGGAUUCAAUGAAUUCUAAAGGAUCAAAGUCAAGCUCUGUAACAGCCUCACCGGCUCAUGUAAGUCGGGACAUUUCGCAAAGUCCUAAACUAGGUCGGGAUUUUUCGCAAAGUCCAAAACCAGAAAUGUUGUCCUCAUCUUUAGCAGAGCUUCAAGAUCCUACAAAGUUUACUAUCGGGACAAAUGAAGGAUCUAAGAAGAAGAUUAAGAAGACUGAUUUUACUGAUCCAAACAGACAACCUGCAGAAAGGGACCCUAAUGAUCCUCUGAGUUCACUGGAUCCCUUCUGGACUGUCAAAUGAGGAAGGUUGGAGUGAACUAUUCUAAAUGAGGAUUUAUGAAUCAUUCAUUUUAAUUAUUUUGCUUAUGUGAUUAUUCUGGAUUUAAUGAAUCGUUCUUUUGUUGAAAAUAUGAAUAUUUGUUUAUAAAAUUGAAUGUGAAUAAUUUUAAUAGAUAAAAAUGCUAUUUGAUAUUUUGUUUAUUUGAAUAGUUUGGAAACUUAUUUUAGAGUUAAAUAUUUGAAAUUAAUGUUGAAUUAUGGGGAAAUGCAAUCUUUAAUUUUGUUUGUCAUAAUAUAUUGUUGUAAUUUAUUUUUUGAGGUCAGUGCCACUUCUGGCAAGAAUUAAUUCAAUUUGCCUGUAUAUUGUGCAUGUGUAUUUAUAUUUUUAGUGAAUGUUAAUUUUUCAUUCCAUUAUUUUUCAAUUAAAACAGUAACAAAUAGUUAGUUGACAUAAAGUAAAAUCUUAAUGAUUAAGAAUGGGGCUAUUGAGCGUACCUUUUAACACCUUCGAUAGUUGUAGCCUUGUACUUAAUUAUUGCCUAUCUGCCAAUUCAUUGGCUGAAAAUGUAGGUUGAAUUAUAAUUGUGAGUAAAAUUCUUUGGAAAUUAGGUAAUUAUUACUUGUGUACUUGUUUUGGGCAUAUUUCAUCAAUGUUACAAAAUUGUUUAAAAACAGUUAUCUCUGACAUACUGUUAAUUGGUAAAAUAAUAAUAAUAAUUAUGCCAAUGGAGUAAGACAAUAUAAAUCACAGACGAUGUAUUAUUUAUUGAAUGAUUUUAAAAUGUAAGAGGGAAACUGUUUGUGUAUGAGAAGGAAAAGCUUCCUAAAUUUUGCAUUUUUGACAAAAGCUUUAUGCAUUGCAUUUGCACUUUCCAGUUGUUGUUUUUUUGCUAUUUUGGGAAUGUUUGUAGGUGCCUUUAUGAUAGGAAAAAUGGGUUAUCAUGACUAAAAUUUUGAAUUCCAAUUUUGCAUGAAAAUGAAGAUUGCUUUAAUUAAAAGUUACAGAAAAGAUAAAAAAAAAAUGAGAUAAAGUUUGUUUCUUUUAGAAAUCACCAACUCUUCCAUACAGAAACAGCCACCGCGUCAAAUUAUUUGAUAAAAAAAUUAACAUUUUAUAAAAAAUCAACAAAUUGUUACAAACUUUUCUUGUUCUUUUAAUUUGGGGAAAAAGUACCAUUUAUGUUUUAGUAUUUUAAAUGGUUAAAAAAACUGCAUUUGAUACUUUAAUUUAAAUAGUAUAUGUGAAUUUGUAUGUUUGAUGAAAUAUAAUGACACUAGAUUAAAUUAUUCGCAUAAAAUGUAUAGUUAAGUAUUAAACAGAUUUUCACUGAUUUUCUUAUAUUGCACCGCUUUCAUACCUUGUAUUAUUAUUUACUGUCGUAUACACGAACAAUGCAAUUGUUGAGUACAGUCUAAAUAAAUAUCGUCACUGUA